CCAGCGCCUGCGAGGGGUGACAGAGCUCAGGUGGGAGCACAGCUCUGCCAGGGGCUCCUGAAAAACCUCUGCUCUGCGCAGCGCCUGUGUUGUGUAGGCGGAGAGAAACCGGACCAGUGGCACCGCUCUGGAUGGUGGUGAUGUGCUCGCACCUCGCUUUGUUCUCACCUGAUCAAAGCCACGCAGAUGGAUUUGUUCUGGUAACUUUCCGUUGUGUUGAGGUGAGGAGGCACGGCACUGUUUCUGUGCUUUUUUCUGAUGUAGCUUUUAGCACUUCUGCUUUAACAGCAGCUAGACAUGUGUGCUCCACUAACCAGCUUUCUAAUGCAGAGGGUGUUUGGGGGAAUUUUCCUCUCCCUUCCCCACUCCAAAAGAAAUACCUCUGUUUACAAGGAAGUAACUUGAGUUUUUUUUUGGUUUUUUGUUUUUUUUUUUAAGCUACCUGAGGUCUAAAUAGCUCAGUUAGUACAGCUAUCUGGAGCCUGAGCACAUGGGUUGUCCAUCAGUAGCGUCAGAAUUUAGCCUGUGAGGUUUGCUUUGCACAAAGCAGAACACAGGCUGGAGAAUUAAGCUGCUGUGUUUCUGCAGAACCAGUGUAAGAAUAAACAAGGUUUCUAGCUUACUACUGCAGGCAAAAGCAGGGCAGAUGAAAACUGUCAGUUCAGUAAGUUUAUUUUUACAAUUGGUCCUGUAGAUAGAAUAGAAACACAAACAUGCAACAGAAUUUGGGGGAAUUAAUUACCAUGAGCUGUAGUAGAAAUUAGGCCUGAUGCUUUCUGUGAAGUGUUAAGCUCUCUGUGAGCCAAAGGUGACUGCUGUUCUCUUCUGCUCUCGAAGGCUCAGACAAACCUCUGACAGGAUGUUGGGAUAUCUGAAAGAGCCAGUUGUGGUCACUGCAGAGAUCAAUGUGAACCUUGUGGCACUGACUGUGAUGGGAUUAAUAAGUCGUCUCUGGGGGCUUUGCUAUCCACGGGCUGUGGUUUUCGAUGAAGUUUAUUAUGGCCAAUUUGUUUCACUCUACAUGAAGAGGAUCUUCUUUGUGGAUGACAGUGGUCCACCCUUUGGCCACAUGCUGCUGGCCUUGGGAGGUUACUUGGGAGGAUUUGAUGGAAACUUCUUAUGGAACAGGAUUGGAGCUGAAUACAGCAUGAAUGUUCCUGUGUGGUCCCUGCGAUUCCUGCCAGCCCUGGCUGGUGCUCUCUGUGUGCCUUUAGCUUACCAGAUUUUGGUUGAGCUGCACUUCUCCCACUGUGCUGCACUUGGGGCUGCUCUUCUGAUUCUCUUGGAGAACUCUCUGAUCACUCAAUCAAGGUUCAUGCUUCUGGAAUCAAUACUGAUUUUUUUUAUCCUGCUUGCAGUUUUGUCCUACCUGAAGUUCUACAAUUUGCAAAAGCACAGUGCCUUCUCUGGAAGCUGGUGGUUUUGGCUCCUGCUGACUGGAGUAGCCUGUUCUUGUGCAGUUGGAGUGAAGUAUAUGGGCCUGUUUACCUAUAUGCUGCUCUUGGCCACUGCAGGACUCCACUUCUGGCACAUGAUAGGAGACCAGAACUUGUCGAAUGUUUCCUUGCUUUACCAUUUUCUAGCCCGGGGUCUGGCCCUCAUCAUCAUCCCCAUGGGGCUGUACCUCUCCUUCUUCUAUGUUCACUUGGCUUUGCUGUAUCGCUCUGGGCCUCAUGACCAGAUCAUGACAAGUGCUUUCCAAGCCAGCUUAGAGGGUGGGCUGGCUCGAAUCACUCAGGGUCAGCCCUUAGAGGUGGCCUAUGGCUCUCAGAUCACCCUGAGGAACGUGCUGGGCAAGCCUGUGCAGUGCUGGCUCCACUCUCACACCAAUACUUACCCCAUCAGGUAUGAGAAUGGCCGAGGGAGUUCCCAUCAACAGCAGGUGACCUGCUAUCCCUUCAAGGAUGUGAACAACUGGUGGAUUGUCAAAGAUCCUGGAAUGCAGCAGCUGGUGGUGAGUAACCCACCCCGGCCCGUCAGGCACGGGCACAUCGUGCAGCUGGUCCAUGGCAUCACAACUCGCUACCUCAACACGCAUGAUGUUGCUGCUCCUCUUAGCCCACACUCCCAAGAAGUUUCCUGCUAUAUUGAUUAUAACAUCUCCAUGCCAGCACAGAACCUCUGGAGAGUGGAAAUUGUAAAUCGUGAGUCUGACACGGAUGUGUGGAAGACAAUUCUGUCAGAAGUGAGGUUUAUUCAUGUGAACACUUCUGCAGUGCUAAAGCUCAGUGGAGCAUCUCUGCCCGAGUGGGGAUACCGGCAGCUGGAGGUGGUUGGAGAGAAGCUGUCCAAAGGCUACCACCAGAGCAUGGUGUGGAAUGUGGAAGAACACAGAUAUGGGAAAAGCCAAGAGCAAAAAGAGAGGGAAGUAGAACUCCACUCUCCCACACAGAUGGACAUCAGUAAAAACCUCAGCUUCAUGGCAAAGUUCACAGAAUUGCAGUGGAAAAUACUCACAUUAAAAAAUGAAGACACAGAACAUAAGUACAGCUCCUCUGCCCUGGACUGGAUCACAAUGGAUACCAAUAUUGCCUACUGGCUCCACCCCACCUCGGGGGCCCAGAUCCACCUCCUUGGGAAUGUUGCCACCUGGGCUUCAGCUAAUGCUGCUGCUCUGGUUUACCUGUGUCUGUCCCUGUGGUACUUGCUGCGGCGAAGGAGGAAGAUUUAUGACAUCCCUGAAGAUGCCUGGCAGCUCUGGAUGUCAGCAGGAGGAGUCUGUGUGGGAGGCUGGGCUGUGAAUUACCUGCCCUUCUUCCUGAUGGAGAAAACACUUUUCCUGUACCACUACCUGCCUGCUGUCACAUUCCAGAUUCUCCUGAUUCCUGUGGUACUGCAGCAUGUGGGCAAUCAUCUCUGCAGAUCUGUGCUGCUCAAGAGCAUGCUGAGUGCCCUGACUGUAGCCUGGUUGUCCUCGGUGUACUUUGUGUACCGCACCUUCAGCCCCGUGACCUACGGGCAGCCCGCGCUGUCCCCCACAGAACUGCAGGCCUUGUGCUGGAAGGACACCUGGAACAUCCUGAUCCGAAAGCACUGACCACUCCAGCCUUGGGACAGCAAAAGGAAACACCUUUUGUGCAAAGCC